AUGUCCAACACAAUCGACACGGCUAAAUUGGCCCUGAUCUCUCAGGGAUCUGCAUAUGGCCUCCUUGUCGGCCUCAGUGUUGUCUUUUGCGGCGUGAUUCUAAUUGCCGUGAAAGUCCAGAAGGCAUAUUUAUCAGAGGAUUCAGGGAAGUCUGAAAUGUUCAUGGUGGCCAAUCGAUCAGUUGGCACUGGUUUAACAGCCUCCGCCGUAUUCUCUUCAUGGAUGUGGAUCAAUGAGACAGUACUAGCCGCAGCAAUGUGCUAUCGAUACGGUUUAGCUCUUCCUUUGUGGUGGGGUUCUGGUCUCUGCUUUCAAAUCGCAUUGAUGGCAGCACUAGGCGUGAUGGCAAAAAUUCGAGUUCCAUAUGCACACACCUCUUUGGAGGUUGUCCGCAUGAGAUAUGGAAAGAUCGGCCACCUUGUUUUCAUCGUCUUGAAUCUCGUUAACAACGUCUUUGGGUGUGCCUCGAUGAUCAUGACUGGGUCACAGUUGAUUUAUGGUGUAUCUGGAAUGCACUUCGUUGCAGCUACCAUUCUGAUUCCACUUGGAGUGGUGCUCUAUACCGCAGUGGGAGGUCUGAAGGCCACUUUCCUGACGGACUUCCUCCACACAGCUAUUGCAUUGAUUCUUAUUAUCUACUUCACGAUUGCGGUCUUGACCAACUCUGCCGUUGGCGGCCUAGGUGGCCUAUAUGACAAAGUUGUGGCUACCGCAAGCGAAAAUUAUAUCUCGGGAAACUAUGAGGGAUCACUCCUCACAUUCAAGUCAAAGGGUGCAAUCAUCUGGAGCUUGAUUUUGAAGUUUGGAAACUUAGCCCUGGUAGUCAUGGAUACCGCGUUCUGGCAGAAGUCUUUUGCGACAGAGGUUCGGGCUACUGUACCAGGCUAUAACAUUGCUGCGAUCGCAGUUUUUGGAAUCCCAUGGGGAAUUGGAACCGUCAUUGGCUUGACAGCUCGAGCGAUUCACAAUACUCCCAUAUUUCCCACGUAUCCUGACCCACUCACUUCUACGGAAGUCAGUAUGGGCAUGGUGAUGCCUUACGUCCUCAAGGCUCUCCUGGGAGACAAGGCCAUUAUCGGAUUCUUCUUCUUACUUUUCAUGGCUCUUACCAGCACCAUCUCAUCGUCCAUGAUCGCUGUUAGUAGUAUUCUGUCGUAUGAUCUUUACAAGACCUACUUUAACCCCAAGGUUACUGACAAGCAACUUGUGCGAGUGAGCCAUCUGACUGUGGUCAUUCAUGGGGUAUUCAUCACCGGGAUUUCAAUCGCUUUGAAUUAUGGAGGUGCCAACAUGACCUGGAUUGGUUACCUACGGCCCAUCAUUUCGUGUCCUGGCAUCAUCCCGUUGAUUCUCACCUUGUUCUGGUCACGCCAAACUCGUUUGGCAGCGAUCGUGUCGCCUAUUCUCGGAUUCCUCACUGGACUUGCUGUUUGGCUUGCAUCCGCACAGUCCAUGUAUGGCGCCAUCAACAUCAACACCACCUCCAAUAUUUACCCUGCACUAUAUGCAGCCAUCGCAUCUUUCUUCACGCCCGGCCUGUACUCUGUCGUAUUGUCGCUCUACAAACCUUACAAAUUUGACUGGCGAGAGUUCCUACGAAUCGAGCUUGCGGACGAAGCUCAGCUGCAUGCUGACUCCGAAAUCAGUACACUCAACGAAAGCAGUGACGAUGAAAGGUCCAAAAGCCGCAAAGAUGCCUCUACUUCUAUCAAUGAGGUGCCUGCUGGCCCUGACUCCGUACUUAACAGCAAAAGCGAUCUUGAACAGCCAGCAGGCGAAAAGCAUUCAGCACGAGACCAAAAACUGCCAUCAGGAUCUACGCCUAGCAUUGAUGAUAUUCAGCAUCCAUUUGAUGAGCAAACCUUGAAGGAGCUAUACCGCUGGCUUAAGAUAGCGUGCAUAAUGUUCGUGGUCAUUGUUUUGGUGACUUUUGUCGCUUGGCCGCUUCCAUUGUAUCGUGAUUACAUCUUCACAAAGUCAUUCUUCUCGGGAUGGGUAACAGUUGCCAUUAUCUGGCAAUUUAGUGCAUUUGGUGCAGUGGUCAUUUUUCCUCUCUACGAUGGCAGGCAUGAAAUUGCGGCUGGCACACGCGGCCUUUGGAAUUCUACCAAGGACUUUCUCGGCAGGAAAUAG